AUGUCGUUUGCAUCCCGCGGCCUCCGCACGAGCCACACAAAACCCGCAUCGCGCGCUCGCCGGGCGGUCCUCAUCUUUGUGGUCCUCCUAGGCCUCGUACUCUUGGGCACCGUCAUUGUGCUAUCCACCGUCAAGCUCUACUUUGGCGUCCCCAGCUCAGUCAUGCUCACCGAGGCCGAAGUUCCAUGGGAUCCGGCACAUGUGAUCCCCAAGCUUCGCGAGGCUAUCGACGAGUCCGUGGAGCAAGUCGAAGAGCGCCAGGAGUGGGACGGCGAUGACGCUGUGGAGGAGACUGCCGCCCCAACCACCCGUCCUCCCACCGAGACUGCCAGCAACCUUGACACCCCUUGGGGCGACGAUGCCGUGGCCAGUGACACUGACCUGGCCGCUUCCGUCGACGGCGUCCCUGCCGACGACUCCACCGUCUGGGGUAUCGACGGCAAGGGUACUGGUGGUUACUGGAUGCGUGCCGACUGGGACGGCACCGUCGCCGACACUGAUUCAUGGGAAAACCUCUACAACGUGUCUCUCCAGGAAGGCGAGAGGAUGCCGAGAAUCAUUCACCAGACUUGGAAGAGCAAUGUGCUCCCCGAAAAGUGGCGUGUGGCGUGGCGUCAAUGUCGUGAGGGCAUGCCCGACUACACGUUCAAGCUCUGGACCGACGACAUGUCCCGCGAGUUCAUGGCCAAGCACUACCCCGACGAGCUCGAAAUGUUUGAUGGCUACCCUUACCCCAUCCAGCGUGCCGACUCGAUCCGUUACUUCCUCCUGCACCACUUUGGUGGUGUCUACAUGGACCUCGACAUUGGCUGUCGUCGCCGGAUCGACCCUCUACUCACCGGGGAAUGGGAUGUUCUGCUCCCUAUUACCGCCCCUGUCGGCGUCUCCAACGACCUGCUCGUUUCGACUACCGGCAGCGCCUUCUUCAAGCAGACGAUUGACAAUCUGAAAAAGUUCAACCACAACUACGUUAUGCCCUACGCCACGGUCAUGUUCUCCACUGGACCCAUGUUCCUCUCGGCCCAGCGUGCCGUGUACUCACACAAGCACGACGCGCACGAGCUCCGCGUCCUGCCCACCUCGCUGUACGGCAAGAAUGCCCCUUACGAGGCUGUUCCCCACUCGUUCUUCUCGCACCUGUAUGGGUCGUCCUGGCAUGCCGACGACGCAGGCUUCAUCACCUGGUUGGGCCGUUGGGGCAAGAACCUCAUGAUCGUCGGCGGCGUCGUCCUGCUCUUUGGCUGUCUGCGUCUCCUCUGGUCCAAGGCCACCUCGCCAGGCGGCCUGCGCUCCAUCUUCAACGGUCGCGACCAGCAGUACCAGCUUCUUCCUGUGCUGGGCUCUAUCCCCGAGAGCGGCCGCUCGUCGCCCACUCUGUCACUUGGCUCGGGUGGUCCCCUCUCGCCUACAUAUGAACAGCAAGGUCCAGACUGGCCUGGCGCCCUGCGCCGGGCUGGCAACAUUCUGCUUGCGGCUCCCGCGACCCUGCUGCCAACCACUGGACGGCGGCAGCGCGGCUGGCUGUUCUUUGCGCCGGCAGCGUUCCAGCCUCAUCACGGCCGUAGGCGUACAGCGUCCGAGGCCUCCCAGCUUCCUCUGCGCCGCCCUCGCGACUCGUCGCGGACGCCCAACCCGCCGCCGCCCUAUGAGCACACCGAGGUUGCGCCCAGCGAUGGCAUGGAGGAGGUUGACGAGUUCCUCAAGCAGGCCGACGACGAGUCGAGCAGUAGCACUGCCCGCGAGGACGGUCCCUCGUCCCAGUCGAGCUCGGCAAAGUGGAACGACUGGAAGGACCCCGAGUAA